AUGGCUAGCAUAUCUGAUACUUUCAAUAUAAAUUUUAUAUGCUUAAAAUUUUUUGGUGUUCCAUGGCCGGGUAAAACUUCCAGCCUAUACUAUAAAUACUACUCAGGCAUUUAUAUAUUGGUAUCAUUGAUAUUAUAUUAUUUGCUUAUCAUACUAAACCUGUUCUAUACGCCUAGAAAUAUCGAAUUAUUGGUUCGUGAAGUGCUAUUCUGUUUUUCGGAAACAGUUGCAGCUGCUAAGGUGGUAAUGAUUUUUCUCAAGCGAAAAACUAUAGUGAGAGCUUUUCGUAUCCUCAACUGUAAAUUCUUCAAAGGCGAGGACGAAAGCCAUCAGUUAGUCUCCAAAUACAUCGUUAAGUAUAAAACAUAUUGGAAGUUUAAUGCGAUCAUGUCAAACAGUGCAUUUUUUGCAAAAAUCUUCGUACAUAUAAUUUCUUAUAUCGUCUACGGAAAAAUUGAAUUGCCUUUUUAUAAUUAUUAUUUCCUGGACAAGAAGACUAUAUCUCGGUAUUUUGCGAUUCUAUGGUUUUAUCAGGCUUGGGGAAUUUACGGACAUAUGAUGUACAAUAUAAAUAUAGAUUCAUUAAUAGCAGGACUGAUUUUAAAAAUAAUAGCACAAAUAAGAAUUGUAGACCAUGAACUAAGAAAUUUAAAGUCAAAUAGUGUCGAGGAAGAACAAUUUGUACAAUUGAACAAGUGUUUGAGACAUUACGAUAUGGUAUUGCAAUUCUCCAAAGAGGUGCAGAGUAUCAUUAGCGUAACUAUGUUUAUUCAGUUCAGCGUGGCUUCGGGAUCUAUUUGUGCAAUCUUAUGCAGCCUUGUAUUCCCAAAAACGUUUGGUACGCUCAUGUCUAUGCUACUUUAUAUGUCACCUUAUGCAUUUGUGAUGAUACUACAAAUAUUUGUACCAGCUUAUCUAGGCACUCAACUGCGCUAUAGAUGUCAAGAUCUAGUCAACGCAGCUUACUGCUCGGAGUGGAUAGCUAGAUCAGAAAGUUUCAAGCGAAGCCUUAAACUUUUCAUGUUACGGGCCAACACUCCUAUCGUCUUCAGCGGAUGUGGGCUUUUUCCAUUAACUUUGGAUACGUUUACAUCGAUUUUGAAAACUGCAUAUUCAUUUUUCACAUUAGUGAGAAAUGUUCAGAGUCCCAAAAAAUAA